CUCGUAUUUCACCCUCUUCGUUUUCCCCACCAUCUUCCGACAUAUGCUGCUCCCUCACUAUAAUCCGCCAAAUCUACGCCUAUUUCACCUCUCCUCUCUCUCUCUCUCUCUCUCUCUCUCUCUCUCUCUCUCUCGCGCAGAAAGGACGCCAUUGAAACCGUCGCCACCAUGUCCUUCUCCGAAGACUUGUUACCGUCGCCGGACCGCCGUGGCCUCGGCACUCUUCUCCGGCACCGGAAACCAUCUUCCUCUUCCACCGAUCAAAACCCUCUGCUGAUAUCAUCACCCCCUCCGCUUCCGAUUAAGAAGAAGGCAUUUUCUUCUGCAGCCUUCCGCAGCUUCAGUUGUUCCUCCUCCUCCGCUUCUCAGGCCUACGCGCCAUCGUCCGCCGCCGCCGCUGUUCGCUCUUCGGCCGAUUGGGAGGGGAAGCGUACACGGAGGAGGAGAACUGACCAGAUCAUGUUGUUGCACCAUAGACUCUUGUUGCGAGGAGGGGACACUUAUGAUCGAUAUAGGGAUUGGCGGCUUGAUGUUGAUGAUAUGACAUACGAGGAAUUGCUUGAACUGGGUGAUAAGAUUGGACAUGUCAGCACUGGAUUGAGAGAAGAAGAAAUUGAAUGCAGCAUUAGAAAAUUGAAUCGCUCCAUCUAUGAUAAACUCUUCUUAUCCACUGACAUGGAGAGAAAAUGCAGCAUUUGUCAAGAGGAAUAUGAAGCGGAAGAUGAAGUGGGAAAGCUGGGUUGCGGCCAUAGCUAUCAUAUACAUUGCGUAAGAAAGUGGCUUCUUCAGAAGAAUACGUGCCCAGUCUGCAAGACUGCUGUCAGUAAAACUUAAUUUUGCAUAAAAAUUUAAUGUUUUUUAUAGAAUUAUCUGCGCACUGCUGCUAAUUUAUUCUGCUCUAUGUAUAGAUACUGUUUUGAACGCUUAGCAUUGAAUCCAUUCUUUGUCAUAGU